AUGCAGCUUGGUCCACUCUGCCAACCUCAGAAAUCCUAUUCUCUAGGGCUAGCACAGACAACCUACCUUCAUGGUUUGAUUAGGCGUGGCGAUAUCUAUGAAGCACGUAAAAUGUCUAUAGCAUUUGCUAGAGCUGCUGCUCGUUCGCCUGAUAUCUACUUCCCUUUCUCCAGGCGACGGCUUCCAAUGAAAACUAUGUCUUCAAUUUUACAAGCGCUUGUUGGUGAUAAUAGUAGUAGAAAUAAUGCUCUCGCCAACAAAUCCCCCAACAGACCCUCCUAUUCCUUCCUCUAUCUCAUUUCUCAAUUCCCAACACCCGGUGCUAGAGCUGCUAGGAUGUUCGUCUCUCACCACGCUAAGCUUGGCGAUAGGAGGGCUCUGCGUGAUUUUCUCAUGCUUCUUAUAUUCGGCUUGCUCAGUGCGGAAAUGAUUGGUGGCGCUGUUGCUCUAUACUCGCAGUGGUGCAGGAAAUUCGCAAUCUCUGAGGCACAAAAGUUACAGAAAAGCACAUGUACUCAAACAGAAUCCACAACCACAACUACAACCACACCCAGCACACCAACUCACGUAACUUGGCAACCUUCGAAAACUCUCAUUAAGAUGCUCCUUGACAGGCUACACGCAUCUCAAUCCGACCCCUACAAGCAAAUUAAAGGCGACGCUUUAUUACACAUUGCUCAUCUCCUCGAUGAUCGUAUACGCAUGCCACACUACGCUUCUAUGAUUAGCGCUUUAUCUCAAUACACACGCGCACAUAAAUCUUCUCAAUAUACCCUCCGCUUUGAGCACAUCCUGCAGAACCUCUCAGAUGAUAUAACUUCAGGUCACAUUUUCACCAACACCAACCAAUCAGAUUAUAAGAGAGUGAAAGGGGUUAACGCGUCCAGCUACAAUGCUCUCAUUCAUCAUUUCACUCAUGCGCGGGAUGUGCAGAGGGUGGAGUCACUACUGCAAUCGUUCAACAGCCGUCAUGGCACUGUACGCAGCGACACCCUCAACGCAAUCCUCAGCGCUAGUGUAGAUGUCGACGAUUUACCUCUCUCCACGCGCCUCGUAGAAUUUUUGCAGUGGAAAAUCAACAACCAACCUAGCCACCUCUUUGAAACACAUAGCGAUGAGAGGGUGUUAGCGCAGCUGAAGAAAAUGAAAAGCUACAAGGUAGAUGACGAAACUAUCUCGGCACUCCUCAAGUAUUACGUUGCUGUAGGUGAAUACAGCAUGGUCGCUCCCCUCACAUACCAGCAUCUCCCCCACCUAAACCUUAACACACCUAAAGAAGAGCGCGGUAAGGUGCUCAAACAACUCGAUGAACAGAGCUCCAGUGAUCUAUUUGCGGCACUCCAUCGCAAUCUUAAAACAGGCCUGAGCUCCCGUCUCCUCAAAGACCGGCAUCUUGAGAAUAUGGCGGUGGAAUCACUCACCUCCCUAAUGGCGAUCAUGGCUCAAGAGGCAAGUAAAUAUAGGAAGCACGAGAUGAGCCUAGGGUGGGGUGGUAGGAGAUGGAUACGUACCAACUUCCAUGCCAGAUCGAGAGAGGAAAUUGCUAAUGAAAAGCAGUAUAAGAAGAUAUACAAAUUUCUCAAGCUAAGGUGUAAUUCGGCUACCUAUCUAGCUGCCAGUCUUUAUAAAAGUGUUAGACACAGACCAUCUAAGCAUCAUGUGGGCAGGUGCGAGAUGAGCAUAGAUGAGGGUUUCUUGAAUAUGUGUCUCAAGACAUUCGCAAAGUCGCGGUAUAAUCUGGCUAUAGAUGAUGUUUUACUGCAAUAUCAUCAGCGAGGGUAUACCCCUCCUACGCGAUACAGCGAUCGCUUCGACUGGAUCAAAAGUCAAGACCCUCACCUCAUCCAGUCAACUUUCAAUAAAUCUAGAGUCCCACUCAUCUUCCCUCAGCAUAUGUUAUAG